GGCAGGGAUUGAAUGGCGUGUCACUCUUCUGCUAGUGGGAGGGUCCACGGAGAGAGAGAGAGAGCCGCUGCGCCUGACCAACGAGACUCUUUACGCACAGGAGAGAAACAGCUGGGGCUUUCUAUCGCCACCUAGAGGGGGCUGUGUACAGGAGUAUUUCUUGGCUGCUGGUUGCCUGGAAACCUCAGGGCGACGACAAGACUCCAGGAAGCUACUGCGGCGGGCCAAGAAAUAGUCAUAACCCCCUGUUUUAUAUGCUUCAUAUUUACCUGUACAGAUAUGCAAGUGGUAUCGAGCUUCUCCUCUAACUAUCAGUAAGAAAGAAAACUAGUAUAUUUCCCAAAAUGAUGAAUUAUUCUUUUAAUCAAAAUACCACAAACUAACUGAAGACAACACAAGCCAGGGGUAGGUAGUAUUUCAGCUUUGCUGAUGGAUACUGUAAUACUUCAGGAUACAUACACCAUGCACAUACUGUAGAGUGGGAGGAACAAGGGUUCAGUAGGGACCCAAAGCUCAUUUUUGUCCUGGGGCCUCCUAUAGCGGGUUAAUCCGGCCCUGAAAUUACAAGACAGAACCUAUCAAAAUGGGAGUUUUAUCUAGAAUUUCUAGACCUAGACUACCCACAUUAUUAUUAAAAACGAAAAAUAAAUGAAUAAACAGAUCUUUGAACUGAGUGUGUUUGUAACUUGAAUCACUGACCCAGUCGAUGCUGAAACUCGGUGAUCUCAUUACUUUCAGCUGCAUUUGGACUUGCAUUAAGGGCUGCCUUGAUGUAUCUGAACCCGCAUAUUAAAAUUUUCAGACUUAAAGUGAGACUAUUUAACUUUGGUGGUUUAACACUAAAUGCUAGAUGUAGCAUAACAGUAAAACAAGUAGAAAAGUAUACCGACUCAGUAAUGUCAGUUACACAACAAUAUCUAGCUAAAGUUUGGUAAUAUAAGCUAACUUUAGCCAACAUAAGCUACUGAAACAGACCAAAUAAGGCUGUAGCAGUAAAACGCCUGAGUGUUGAAUUGAACAACGGUUCGUUUUAUUGCUUAUUAAUCAAACUUUCUAUGAGGAAGAAUGUGUUGUCUUCUUUUAAAAGUUAUAUGGUUUAACUUUAAAUUUGAUUGUCUAUGUCAUAAUAUAGCUCCAACAAUUUAUUAUGUAGAGUAUUUCAAGUUCAUGACAGGGUUCCUGGUCUCAGGUGCUGAGACACUGUGCAAGGUGUGAACACACACACACACACACACACACACACACACAGGCACGGAUCUAUUAUGUAAUCACAUUUUUUCCGGCAUGACUGUAUCAGUUCAGAGUGUUGUCACUGAGGUGGAGCUUGUCACAAGUUUUAAGGAAAGAGAAAGAGAAGUGGAGUGUGUAGAAGUGUUUGCUUUUGUGACUGUACACAGCUGUCUGCCAUGGACAAAAUCUACUGACUGACCAACAUGGCACCUGAACUGCUGGGGUCCAACAGAAAACUAUCCACAGCAGCUUUUCUUCAGAACCAUCAAAAAGCAGCUACAUUUCCACGUCAUCACAGAGGGAAAACUUUGGUUGGACUUUUCAACUGAUGACAAAAUGCUUCAGUCAGACAUUCAAUACACUAAACUGCGAUGGUUUUUAACCAUUGCUGGACUGUUCUUGUAUGUGGUGGACAUUUGGACAGACAUUGGACUGGCACUGAAAUAUUUUCAAGAUAAACAUCUUGGGUGGACUGGACUGACUCUAGUGUUUGUUCUGGCUGGCCUGCUGGUGACUCAGAUCUUCAGCCAUGCCUGGUACAAGGAUGACAUGAAUGAUGUUCUGAUAAACCCUGAGGGAAAAACAACCAUAUCAGGCAUGUCCAAAGGUGGACUUGCUGUCCUGCACCUAUUUGGCAUGGGCAUCUUCACCAGGUAUUAUCACCUGCUGAAACAAGGGUUCAAAGUGGUUUGGACAACAACAAACUCUUAUACAGUGGAAGACAGUAGAGAUGUGCACCAGAAACUGUUUUGCCUGGCUACUGAUCUGAGCAUGCUCAAACUGUUGGAGGCUUUCCUGGAGAGUGUUCCCCAACUCCUUCUACAACUAUAUAUAGUGCUGGGCCACAAUGAGUGCUCAGUCAUGCAAUAUUUAUCUAUGGCAUUCUCCUUCUUUAACAUUGCCUGGGCCCUGGUGGACUAUCGCCGCUGCCUUCGCAGAUCCCUCUCCCAUAUCAGGGAGAUGCCUUCUGGCCUCCCCACAGCAAUCUACCUCCUCUACAAACUCUGCACCAUCACCAGCCACAUCCUCAGCUACACCCUCCUCCUCAUACUGAGCCCCUACAGCACAAUAGCCCUCACCAUCCUCUGGCUGCUGGGGACAACCUGGACACACUUGCUUCAAACCAACUUCUGCUCAUCCAGAGGCCUUGAGCUUCUGUAUCGAGCAGUCAUCGGAGUCAUCCUCACGUUCACCUUUUUCAACGUCAAAGGACAGGACACCAAAGUAGCCAUGAUCAUCUACUACUUGUUCUAUUGUGUUAUAAAUAUUAUGGCUCCUUUACUGCUGGCUUUUUUGAAGCCAGAGCUGCAGACAGCCACGUUUUUGCUGACAGUCGGUGGUUUAAUCUUUGGAGGUUCAGUGCUGGGGCUGAUGUGCCUCACGGUGUACUACCUCCUCCUGCAUCCCAGAGAGAAGUGGCGUGAGGCAGAUGAGGUGGACGGCCAGGGAAACAGAACAGAGACCACAAGGAGGAUAAAGAACUUUUUACAGACUUGAUGAAUGUUUUUUUAAAUCUAUUUCCAAGCCUCGUUAUGGGAGCGCAGAGAAACAGAUUCUGAAUCUGAAACUACUGAAACAAUUUGACGAGGAAAAGAAAAAUAGAGCCUGUACACAGAGAUGUCAUCUUGAUUAUGUUACUAAUACUGCUAUCAGUUAUUUUACCAUAUUCUGAGGUGAAGUUUGCUUUUUCAUUACUGAUGCAAAUGAUUAAGCAAUUAAGUGCAAUAUAUUUGAAAGAAUCAACUACCUUUUGUUCACUCUUGUUUUAAUAAACUUGUCGAUGAAUGAUAUAUUUAUUCUUAUUAUAUCUAUAAAAAGUAAUUUAUUUGCUAAUCCUAAUGGACAGCUGGCAUUGUCUCAUUUGAUUGCUUGAUAUUAUAUAUCAUUGCAGCCAAGACGGUCCAUUAUUAAUGCAUUGUAAUCAAAUCUAAAAAUUCUAUUAUGGUCAAAAUCAUUUGGUUUCUCUAAUUUUUGUGUUAGAUAAACACAUUUAUGUGAUGUACAAAGACACAACAAGAAGCAUAAUUGUUCCAUUGUAUAUGUCAUGUCAUGUCCUAAUGUCUCCAGUUGUUUUCUCUGCUUCCUGGUGUUUCCUCUCUCUCUUUCUGUGUGUGUGUGUCCAUGUCUGGGCACGGCAUUCCACCUCUCUCUUGCCACCAACCCACCUGCACACCUUAGAAUUAACCACUCAUCACUUCCUGCUGUAUAAAACCCCGGCUCUCCUCUCAAAUCUUUGCCAUAUCGUUCAGUUUGCCUAUGUGCUACAGACGCUACGGCCAAGCUACUUUUUGUUAUUAUGUCAUGCCUGUGGAAUCCAGACUAACCUGUGUUUUGGUCCCAGCCUGUCUGUCUUCCUGCCCUGCUCCUCUGCGAAACCCUGAGCCUGCUCUCACAGACUUUUCACUUUCUAGUUUUGUGAAUAAAUCCAUUUUGGUGGGGCCAAUCUUUGACUCCAAGA